AUGGGGCAAGCUAACAUAGUAGCUAUAAAUAAACGUACAGCUAUUCAGAUGGGAGCUAAUAAAAUAAAUGAGGCUCUUAAUCAGCCAGGAAAUGCAAUAGUUAAGUUAAGAGCCGUAGAAGCAAGAGGCCGACCUACUAAUAAUGCUCUAAAUGCUCCCAAUGCUAAUGCUAGUAAUACCGUAGUUGUACCUGGAAUUCAUUUUGGUCAAGCUAGAAACAUGACUAUAGAUGAAUUAUAUAGAAAAAUAUUACGAAUAGGUAGACAAGCCAACUAUAGACCUGAAGAAUUACAUAGAAAGUUCUUAAAUGCUUUUCUACUUCCAUGGCUUGAAAAAGCUAAAGAUAUCGGCGAACAUUUGCUAUUGGAUGAAUUAGCUAAAAAACUUUAUGAAAUAGAAUUACACCAAAUAGCUAGACAUAAAAAAGAUAGAAUACCUGAUCGAUUAGUUUCUCAAAUAGAAAAUGCAAUCAAUGAAGAUAGAGAUGCAGUAAAUCAAUUAACUAAUCAAUUACAAAAAGUAUAUAUACGUAAAUGUGUUAUUUGCGGAGAGACAGGCCAUACUAUAAAUUUCAAAAACACACCCCCAGAUUUGGAUAAUGAGAAAGAAGAUUAUAAUAAAGAAAAUAAUAGGUGGACUGGGUAUGAUCUACUGAAGAUUGAUAAGCCAUCUGAUUUUGCUAUAAAGGGCAAUUCCAAACAUAUUACUGAUUCAUUAGGAUGGUACACAGAUGUGCCAGUUACUAUGAAGGACAAAAAGAGAAAAACAGUUACGGUUAUUGGAAAUUUUGUAUAUAUAGAUAAUGGCAAACCUGAACCAAUGCUAUUUUUAGGCAUGUCAAAUAUUCGAAAGCUCCAAGGUGUUCCUGAGCCAAAUAAAAACCAGUUCUACAUAAAGUUACACAGAAAGACCUAUGUUAUUCCAACUUAUAGCAAGGCCCCAGUAGCUAAAGAACCAUCAAAAGAGGAGCAGAACCAAGUAUCUACCGAUUUCUCUAGCCUGAUUAGUGAAGACUUAAAAAAAA